AUGGAGUGCGUCGAGCGAAAGAAAAAGGAAGCCAGCGACGGCGGCCGCGAAACCCGCACAGUGUUCCUGCCCGUGGAUAGAGCAAGGGCCAAGCAUGCAGCGGGCGACGGGUCGUGCGGGUACCACUCCAUACGUGGUGGCCUGCUGGAGUGUAAAGGGCAUUUGAACACCCCGCAUGAUGUGGAUGCCAUCAAGACAGCCCUGGUGUCGUGCCUACUCCGGCACGUGCUCCCGACCAAAUUCGACCCCGAGGCAACACUUUCAGGCGAUGAGCUCCUCAGGAUCAAGGAAGAGGAGGACGAGAAAGCGAAGGAGACAGCAGAGGCAGCAAAGGCAGCCAAGGGUGGCGCGCGUGCAGCCCCCAAAUAG